AAGCAAGUCGUUCAUCUUUCUGUGAUCGGUGCUUCUGUGCAGGUUCCGCUGCAUGUGCUGACAUCAAGGUGCUUGGAGAACUCAUACAUUGAACUGUUUUUAUAAUUAACAUUAUUGUGAACUGUUGUUGUUCGUGCAAGCUUUCUGUUUUUUGUAGCAAUAUCUCGUUUUCUCGGGAAAAAGCAGUGAGGUUGUGUCGCGCAUAAGUGAUAUCUUCGGACAUUUUUCUAAUUUUAAUAUUAGCCACGUGAACUUUCCAUUGCUGUUUAAGCAAAGUAUUAUUUUAGACGUUAGGAGUAAGAAAAUGGUCAUGGAGGCAUCCCCUUCUCCACAAAAUGUCGGUCGUGAAUUUGUCCGACAAUAUUAUACUUUACUUAAUCAAGCUCCUGCGCAUCUUCACAGGUUCUACAAUCAGCAUUCUUCCUUUGUACAUGGAGGAUUAGAUUCUAAUCGGGAAUCAACUCCAGCAAUUGGCCAAAAACAAAUACAUCAGAAAAUUCAACAAUUAAACUUUCGGGAUUGUCAUGCCAAGAUAAGUCAAGUUGAUUCACAGCUAACUCUUGAAAAUGGUGUUGUUGUGCAAGUAUCUGGAGAACUAUCAAACGCUGGACAACCAAUGCGUCGUUUCACACAAACAUUUGUAUUGGCGAUACAAGCACCGAAAACGUAUUAUGUACAUAAUGAUAUAUUCCGUUAUCAAGAUUUGAUUUUUCCUGAUGAGGAAGAAGCAGAUGUAGGUGGUGUAGAAGGAGACGUGGGUGAGUCCAGUGAGAGGGAAGGAGAAGAAGGAACGCGUUCCGAGCCCGAGGAAGAUCAACAUCAAAAUCAAGGACAACAACUCUCAGUACCGGCUGCAUCUACCGAACCACAAGCUCAACCACCGCUUAUUCCUGCUCAACAACCUGUACUUCAACAACAACAGCAGAUGUAUUACGCUCCGCCACCUCAACAGUCUCAUGUACACCCUGUAAUGCAACAAGUUCUAAACGGAUCGGUUCACGAAGAAACUUCGCUGAUCAGUCAACAGCCACCGCAACAGCAGCAGCAGCAACCACCACCUCCAGCACCGGCACAGCAACAUCAAUAUAUAACUGAACCUACAUCGCAAACGCAGUUUGUACAAGAAACAGAAAUGGACAGUGCAACUGAACAGUCACCGCAAACAGAGAAUGAACCACAGGCUCAAGCAAACGAGAUUCGCGAACAACCUGAAGCUGAAACAUUUACUGCUUCUGUACAAGAAUCUGAACCAGAACAUCAGGUGUCGAACACAAAUGUAACCAGUAGUGGACCGAAAACGUAUGCCAAUCUUGUGAAAUCCUUCCCAAGUACCACUGGCGCUACCAGUCCUCAAGCUCCCAAGUUGUCUAUGUCACCGCCUCCAAUGACAAACUUGCGUUUGGAUGAUAGAUCGCCGAUGCAUCCAACUAGCAGUGGACCCGCACUUUGUACGUCAACCAAUGUUUCUACACCUCAACAACAGACUCACAGAAUUGGAAAUCAACAACCACAACAUCAACAACAUCAACAACAGCGAACUUCAAGAGGGGGCGCGGUACAACGAGAUGGCGAUCGUCGUGGUACGAGGCAGAGUCAAUACAAUGAUGCUCACCAAUUGUUCCUUGGAAACUUGCCGCUUAACGCAUCGGAGGAUGAUUUGCGCCAAUUAUUCGAAGCUUAUGGUAGAGUAGUGGAGUUGCGCAUACACAGUAAAUCGAACGAUAGGUGCAAAGGACCACAAGGAAAUAAUACAGGAAAAGUGCCUAACUAUGGAUUCAUCACCUUCGAAGAUCAACAAGUCGUUACCAAAGUUUUGCAAGACUUGCCGAUUUAUUAUCCUGCUGAAAACGGGUUAAAACUAAAUGUUGAAGAAAAGAAGGUUAGGCCUAGAAUGUCAAUGGAUGGCAGCGGUGGCCGGUUGAAUUCAAACGACGGUAAUAUGAGAGCAAUGGGUGGCCAGCAACAACAACAACGAGGACCUGGUGGACCUGGGGGUGUAAUGAGAGGUGGACAGCAUGGCACGAGAGGUGGACGAGGAGGAUUCUCUCGAGGUGGUGAUGGUGGAAGGGGAGGUGGAAUGCGACAGCCCGGUAAUCCAAGCAAUCCGAGCUACCAAAAUCGUCGCUAAUACUUGAAGCAAUGUUAAAGGCAGUCUACAAUUUCUUUCUUCUUCAACAAGUCAUCGGUAUAUAAUUACCAUCCUCAUUUCAAAACACAAAAUCCAAGACUAUCUCGUAUGCCACCCGACGUGAUUAAAGGCGCUAUCCUUUUACGCUUAAACAACGCUUGCAUCGUUCGUCAAGCAACAAAUAUAGAUGAAGCAGCUCAAACUGUAUGGUACACGAACUUGAGUAGGGAUAAUCGGGUUAUAUCGCAUUUAAGCUAAGUUCGUCGUGUUCUUGGACAAGGAUAACGACGUAGCUAACCGAUUUGUUGAACGUUCAACUUAAUUCGUUGAAUAUUUGAUGAAGUAAAUACUACGAGUUCGUUCUUCAUACAUCGACGUCAGGCAACUUACAAGACUUUACAAUGAAAACAAAACUACCAACCAUUUGCAUAUACACGUAUAUGUACAGCGAAGUGACGCGUGAUAUCCACCUUAGAAAUGUGGGCGUUUUUUGUCUACCGAUACCGUGGCCCAUCGUUUCUUAGAAGUCAACAUCCAAGAAGGUAAAUAAUUGCCAAGUUGUGGUGAAGUGCUGAAGAUACCUAGAACAAAAGGACGAAGAAAGAACACCAUUGAAACACAUGUGCGGCGUGGGACAAGGGACAGUGUUGGAAACGUACACGCAAUAUGUAUAUGUCGGACUGGGGUUCGGGUAACACACCUUUUGUUUCUCUUUUGGAUGAACACCGCGAAAGUCAUACGUCGCUCUUUUAAUUUUCUCCGUUUGCCAAUCGGAUGGAGACAUAAGCGGUGCGAAUUCCGCUAUCGUAUAAGUAAGUUUACGAGCCAAACUAAACGAAAUUAAAACGAGAGGAUACGAACCGUCUUAAUUAUAAAAAAAAGAAAUCGUCAUAUAUUUCAUAUGCUCUCGAGUUAAUUCAUUGACUGCCGAUGAAACGUUCCACCUAAAUGUAGAAAGUCGGCAAUAAUGUUUAUAGGUGGUAGUUGGUCGGUGUUGGUUAACGAGUAGAGAACCGCGGUUCUUCUGUGGUCGCAUACAAAAAGACACAGUCGAUUUUUCUCACAGAACAUGGCCAAUUAUUGAUCGACCGGUAUCGAUUAAUAGUGGGACAGUACCCUUUAGACUGCAGCUGGUCUCGCCGUUUCCUAAUUCAUCCGCGUGCCGCUUACCCUCUAUUUCGUUCUAAUCUGCUGAUUCUUUUCGAUUUUUCUCUUUCUCUUCCCGACGUAUCAUUUCUUAUAGGCUCUUUUGCUUUAUUACGUUUACAUUUACUUAUUUCUUAUUCGCUAAUUUCGCCGGGUCGAUCUUUCGUUUCUUCUUCUUCUUCUUCUUCUUCUUCUUCUUCUCUUUUUUCUUUUCUCUUCGGAUCGGAUAAGCAAAAAUGGUGUCUCAAAAUUCGAAAUUCGUUUGAUUCGGUUCAUCAUUAGUGGUCUCUGGUGAUCGCAGAACUCGCAAUGCGCGGUUAAAAGAGAGGAAGGGAGAUGGGGGAAAAGAGAGAGAGAAAAAGAGGCCUAGUACCGUUAUAACGCAAAAUUUGAUCCGUUCUUUGAGUAUUUUUUACACAAAACCUAUUUGCGAAAAUUUCUUUAUGUACUAGCGAUGUAUAUCGAUGAAACUGAAAUUUUCCUCCCGUACUAAUAUAACUAGCGUUAUUCUUGUAAUUAUUAUACAUACGUAAAUAGAAAGUCUUCAAACAUUAAUACAGAAUCGGUCGAGAGUGAUAAAUAUUGUAUAUUAAAAUAUUAAACUUUUUCCGGCUGGCUCUUUUUCUUCGAUAUGUGUAUACAUACAUAAAUAUAUAUACAUAUACUUUUUUAAACAUCUUGUUAGUUCUCCAUAUGCUAAUGGUCGCACUUUUGAAGGCUUCAAUCUCUACACGUCGACGUAUGAAAGCAUCAUUUCAUUCGUGUAAAGUAACAGCAGCAAUUUAGUAAAAUUAGAUUUACGAUUAAACUUGAAACUUUUCUUAGAGAAUGUAAAUUUCAGCACGUGCACUUACUGUACAUCGUCGAAUGGAAUUGAGAAACAUUUUUAUUCUCGUAUGUUCGUAACUACGUAUUACCAUAAUUUAUAAGUAGUACUUUCCUAUUUGUACUCUCAAUGCGUGUCUGUAUAAAGGCGCUAGGACAAACGGAACCGAGAAGAAGGAGAAUCACAUGUUUAUCAAGAAAAGUACUAGAAAUAUUUUCAAAUUUCUAUUUACGUGUACGCAAGAUGAGUCCUGCGAUUAUUAGAGACAGGGUGAUAUACUUUUCCUGGUCAUGCUUCAUGUUUCUGCCAACAGGAACGCCAUUUGUUAAAAUUCAUCGCAUCAAAAGUCAUCGAUUGAUUGAAAUAAUGGUUUUGCAAGAUAAUAUUGAAACAGUAUAAAAAAAGAAAACAAGAAAUCACAAGUGCAAACCGUAAUGAGAAGACUACCAUUGUCGCGAAAACGGUCGUGCGCGCAUGUUAAUUUAUAUGCCAUCGCGUAUAUACACCUCGCUGAAACUCGAGUGCGCAUAUGUAAACACAGAAAAAAAGACCGACAUUGUUCUUUCAUAACAGUGAUAAACUAGAGGUGAUACGAAUACGUCGAUGGUGGUAAAUUAACUGAUUCAAAAUUCAGCAGAGAAAUAGGAACUUACAAAGUGCACGGCGACUAAAUCGCCAGAUGCUACGACAUUAAGGCUGAGAACUUGUGAAAAGUAAUUGUUUACGUUUCUUAUCAAUCCAUAAAAAUCGUUGCGUAGUCUACGUUCGAACAUCCGCAAUAGUUUGUAAUCGAACGCGUUACAAUUGCUAUGUCUGGGAUAUAGCAGAGUCAUCGCUGAUCAAACGCCUGGUCUUCGUUGUACCCCCCCCUAACACGCCGCCGCUACCCCCUUUAAGAUAUUUUAGUUAGGUAGGGUUUCACUUCGCGGAAGUUUGCGUACAAAAAUUUUUUGUUUCCGAUACAUUGCUUUCGUAUUGUAGCGAUGAAGCUGCUCGAUCUCAGUCGUAGAUAAAGAGGCAAUUUCGCGUGAUUGUUUGGCUGUACAAUCAUGAUAUUUAUGAACCACCACUGCUUAUUGUCUGUAGAAAAAAUUGGAACCAUUCGUACAGUAAAUUUUACUAGUAAAAGCAAUCGUUACGAAAUGGUGAAUCGUUUACUUCGCCGAUUUUAACAUCGCCGAUGUCUUCUAUUUACAGACAAUGACAUUCUCAAAUGUAUAAAUAAUAGCGUUCUAAGUUUUUAUACAUCUCAUGUUAUCUCUCCUUAUGUCUUCGAUGCGUGUAUACUAUUUUGAUAUAACUUUGCACCAAUGGAUAAAUAAUUUGCCAAUGCACGUGUCAUGCAACCGUGAUAAACGGAAAGUGUUCAGAAGCCACGAUUACGCGAAAUCGUCCCUUUAUACUUGAACGAAAGCUGCAAAUUUUUAGUGUGAAUGUUUUCGUUUUUAAGUGACUAUUUUUAGUGAUAAUAAUAAUAAUAAUAAUAAUAAAAUAAUAAUAAUAAUAAAAAGAUAAAUAUAAUGAACGAAAAAAGGAAUACGAAGAAACACAAAUAAUUAUAACAGUAUAAUAAUUAGAGGAUGACUAUUAAUAAGUUGUGAAUUUUUGUAGUAUACAUUUUUAUUUCGGUCUACUAGGCCAGUUUGUGUGUACAACCAUGGACAACGUUACUACACCAACAACAACAAAAAUAAUGUUAAAGGAAAAUGAAAAAAAAAAAACAAACGUCAAAUGUAUUGUAACUUUUUGCAUUUAGUAUAAUAUACCUACCUUACUACCAA